AUGCAAUCAUCGACGAAUAAUCAUUAUAUGCCAGAAGAUUUUGAUGAUAUAUUUUAUUAUAAUAAUGAUCAAGAAGAUAAAAAUUUACUGUUUAAAUCACAAUCAAUUCUAAAUGAUGAAGAAGAGGAAGAAGAAAUUGAAAACUGUUUUCGUGAAACAAAAAAUGUUGUGAAAAGUGGUUUAGCUGGAUUAGAAAUCAAAGGAAAUGUACGAACAUUAAGCCCGGUUUUAUUUUCUCAGACAAAUACUCAGUAUUUAGUUAUGAGAAAUAAUGAAUUAAAAUAUUUACCUGCAGAAAUUAAUAAUUUAGUUAAUCUUGUCUAUUUGGAUCUAUCAAACAAUCGACUGAAAACAUUACCAUCUCAGAUUGGAGAUUUAAUUCAUUUGAAAAGACUUUAUCUUGAAUCAAAUUAUCUCAAAAAUUUACCAUAUGAACUAGGCAAACUCAAUCUUGAAGAACUUAGUUUAAAUAAUAAUCCACUUGGUGAUUAUAUAUUAAGUUUAUUUGCUCGUCCGAAUGGUACACGUGAAGUUAUGAAUUAUUUACAUGAAAAAUGGAAUUUAAUUUGUUCUUACUCAAAAAUGUCUUCCUAUAAUAAAAUGUCAUUAAAUUGGAAUAAUAUUGAAACAGAUUCGAAUAAUGAAUUAACAUGA